AUGGCCGACGAGGAGAGUGCGAAUGCUCCGAUACAAACGAACUCGAUAGUAAAUCUAGAAGGUUCACCAGCUUUAAGUGCUUUUCGAGGAACCGAACAAGCGAACGCUGCGUCAGGGGAAAUGGAAUCGGUGACCCGCUUCGAUCCGUCGUCCAGUGAGGUGCUGCCACGUGGCAGGUUUCGCGGAGUGGUUGUAGCAGGGACGCUCGAUCGCUUCCACGACGGCCAUCGCGCGCUGCUGCGCGCGGCUGUAGCGAUGGUGGCGGCGACACGAGAACGGGGGGAGGGAGAUACCAUCACCAGCAGCAGCAGCGACGGCGGCGGCGGUGGCAGCAGCUGCAUUGUUGUAGGGAUUGCGGAUGGACCUCUUUUGAGCAAGAAGUAUCUCAGUGAGUUGAUCCGGCCCUACAAUGAGCGCAAGGAAGCUGCUGAGAAGUUUCUGCAGGAGGAGCUACAGCGACAAGGCAAGGCGCCAGGUCUGGUUCGGCUGGAGUUUGUGCCGAUCCGGGAUCCCGUACCUGACGGGGGAGGUUCGAAUCCGAGCCUGGACUGCAUUGUGGUUAGCGAGGAGACACUGGGAGGCGCUGCGGCUAUGAACAGGAAGAGAGCGGCCAAUCAGAUUGCUCCGUUGCAUGUAGUCGUGGCUUCGACAGUGCCGGCGCCGCCAACCGCUGCUCUUCCUGUCCCUCCCACCACCACCACCCGAGCGGCUGACGUCAGCAAGCUAAGCUCCUCCCUGCUCAGGGAGCAAUGUCUCGGAACCUUCCUGCCCCUUCCAAGCAACGAGCAGCAGAAGUUGCAGCAGAGGCAGAGGAGGCAGCUCAAAGGGCGGCUGCAGGCAGGGCCGUACCUGGUGGGGCUGACAGGAGGCAUCGCCUCUGGCAAGUCCACCGUCGCUCGCCUGCUCUGCUCCCUCGCCUCCUCCUCUUCCUCCUCCUCUGCUCCUGCCGCUACUGCUGCUGCUUCCGUUGCUGUUCCUCCCGAUGCUGCCCCUCAAAUUGAGCGAGGAGCGAGCAAGGAAGGUGUGAGGGAGGGGUGGCAGUCUGAGGAGGGGCAGGGGAGGCAGUGGAGGGUGGGCGCGGUGGACUGUGACCGGCUGGCCCAUCGGGCAUAUGAGCCGGGCACACCUGCGUACCGCCGCAUUGUGGACCUCUUUGGACCCUCUGUGGUGCGCGCUGCAGAUGGGCAGAUUGACCGGGCAGCACUGGGAGCGCAAGUCUUUUCCUGCCCGGAGAAAAUGGCUGCCCUGACGGGAGUGGUGUGGCCAAUGGUGCGGCAGAUAGUGGAAGAGGAGAGGGAGGCUGCAGGGACAGGCGAAUGGGAAACACUUGAAAGCGCGUACACUAUUCGGUCCAUUGCUCCCCCUGCGGAUGUGCUUAUAGUGGAGGCUGCAAUGAUGGUCGAAGCAGGCUCGGACCGAACCGUGGACGAGGUCUGGGUGGUGUUCGUCCCCGAGGCUGAGGCGAAGGCUCGGUUGAUGGCUCGGAAUGGGGUGACUGAAGAGGAGGCUGGGAAAAGGAUUGCUGCUCAGAUGACGUCAUCUGCCAGGCUGGCACACGCUGACGUGGCCAUCUACAACGGCGCCAGCGAGGACGCCACGCGGCGCCAGCUGGAGCGCGCCUGGUGUGAGGUGGCAACGCAGCGAGCAGGACCGUGGUUGGAGCAAUGGGGGGAGAACUUUACUAGGCUUCAGAAGCAAUGGAAGUUAUCCGCACAUUUGCAGCCUCAUUUCCUGGAAGCUGUGCGGUCAGUGUGGACCCGUUGGGCGGCGCUGAUGUGGCGCCUUGAUGUGGAAGCUGACAUGGCGGAGAGGUGGUUUCGGAAGCUGGUGCUGGUGGAAAGGGGGGAGAAAAGGGAAGAAGGGGAGUGGCAGGGGGGAGAGGAGGGACAGGAGGCAGAGGAAGGGCAGGAAAGGAGGGCGCAGCAGGUUGGGGUGGCAGGGGCGUGGGUGGCAGCUGUGAUCCUCUGCUUCCAGCACCUCCGCAGUCAAAUACACCGUGUGGAGCAUCCCAACGCUCUCAAGCUUGCACUCUUCUUCGCCCUCCAUGCCGCCUCCCUCCCCGCCCCUACCUCCGCACCACUCCCUCCCUCCACCCUUCAACCACCCACCUCCAAUCACCCACCACCUGCGUUCCCUUCUCCCACACCCAUCUCGGAGCUUCUUGGUACUGGAGUGCUUGCUGUUGCAAGGGAGGCACUACAACGUUUUGCUGUUGAGGCCGGUCUUCCCCAGGAGUGUCUGGAUGAAGCAUUGGAUUUGUUGAAGCCACGACACGAGGGUACUGAAGACAAUUCCACCGCCGAUGCCAACGUGUUUUGGGAUGUAAUUGUGAAAGGGUCCUCGGGAUUGCCGUCUUUCCCCGGAGCAGUUUCCGCCUCGUCCUUGCCCGCUGCGAUUUCUCCUUCCGCUUCCCCCUCCACCUCAAGAUUGCCGCGUCCUUUCCCCGCGUCGCCCCCAUCUACCUCCAGAGCUUCAAAAUGCGCUUCAUUUUCGCCCGCCGCCGCAUCCGCUUCCACCUCCCCCGCCGCCUCGGGAUUGCCGGGGGAGCGCGCCUCUCCUGGCGGCGGCACGUCGUCCGGCGGCGACGCAGCAGCGGUCGAGCCGCAGCGCGCCUCAGCUGGCGGCGCCGCCUCAGCAGACUGCGCCGCCUCUCCUGGCGGCGACGCGGCGCCUGUCGGCGGCGAGCGGCAUCUUUUCUGCUUCGGGCUGGGAUACGUGGCAGUGGCGCUGUCGAAUGUGCUUCUAGCGAAAGGCUGGCGUGUGUCAGGCACGUGCAGGAGCGAGGAGGACUGGCACCGAUUGUGUCACAUGGGCUUACAAGCACACCUGCUGGAGGACCAAGGCACUGACAGCCCCUUGCACCUCCCCCAGGCCUCUCUCUCCGCCCUCCACUCCGCCACACACGUACUCGUCUCCAUCCCCCCUCUCCUCUCUCCUCGGCCCACGUCGCCACAACACGUCGACAUGGUGCUUUCCUCCUGUUGCCAGCACCUGAUGGAGUGUGCCAGGCAUCGGCUCAGGUGGAUCGGGUACCUGUCUUCCACAGGCGUCUAUGGUGACUGGGACGGCCAAUGGGUGGAUGAAGAUUCCCCUCCGCGCCCACUCGCCCCGAAGGCCGUAGCUCGCUAUGCUGCUGAGAGGGAGUGGCUGGCCUUUCAGGCGCAGCUAGGGGGGGUGGUAUCUGAUGCACUCUUGCAGACCGAGGCGGUAACUGAUGGAGUCCAGCGGAACCAGGAGGGCAGGAGUCAUGAGGAUCAGAACCAGGGCGAGGGCUCUGCUGUUGCUGUUCGCAUAUUCCGGCUUGGGGGGAUUUACGGGCCCUUUCGCAGUGCUCUUGAUACAGCAGCAGCAGAGAUGGGAGUAGGGACGGUGCCGCCACCGACGAUACGCAGGCGAGAGGAGAGCAGCGAUGAAACGAGCAGCAUCAGUAGUCAAGAGCUCAGCAGCAGUGGAGACAGCAGCAACAAUCCGGAUAGUAGCAUCCUUGAGAAUAGCAGCAGCAAUUCGGACAGCAGCAGCAGCUGUAGGGGUGACAGCAGCAGGAAUGGGGUUGUGAGCAGCAGCUGUAGGGGUGACAGCAGCAGCUGUAGGGGUGACAGCAGCAGGAAUGGGGUUGUGAGCAGCAGCAGCCGCGAGCGCAGGCAGAGGAAGCGGUUCACGUCGCGGUGCCACGUGGCAGACAUCUGCGCUGCCAUUGGUGCCAGCAUGGACGGCCGUGGCAGCAGUCCAAUCAUCAACGUUGUCGAUGACGAUCCGUCACCUCGCCGCCACGUCAUGCAGUUGGCCCGCCAGCUCAUCAAUUCAGGAGAAUCUGAUCCCUACUGGCAUAAGCUGGAGGCUCUGUGGGCCACAUUGCCGCCCGGAAUCAUUCGGCGGGGCGGCAGUAGCGCGGUGAGAGGCGCUGAGCAUGAACAGAAAAAGACGAUGCAUCCCACCGUUACCACUGGUACAGACCUUAUGGUUACCAGUGAGUCGAGUGAGUCGGAGAGAGAAGAAUCCAACCUGAGUACUGGUGUGGAAAGUUCAGGGUUCAGGCAUGAGCAGGCCAACAGAUCAUGUGGUAUGAAUGAUGGUGAUGGGGUUCAUUAUGGAGUCUCCAAACACGUUUCUAGGCAGGAACUUGAUGAUAGCAAAGCAGUUUCUGAACUACUCACUCCGGACGUCAGCAGCACCGUGCUUGUGACAAGCCUGCCGGAUGGGGAAAAGAGGGUGCGAAAUCAUCGAAUGAAGACCGAACUGCUAGGGGUUCUGCAGUUCUCCUCCUUUGUGGGUGCUCUUAAAGCUAUGGCAUCUGGACAUACGGAUCCAUUCAACUGA